AUGUCCGUCGCCUCUGGUGGCGGCGGCAGCAACGGCGGAAAGUCGAGCAGCAGCGGCGGCAACGGCGGUGGCAGUAGCAGCACGUUCAGUGCCGCUUGUGUUGCAAGCAGCGGUGGCACCGGUGGCAGCAGCAGCAGCAGCAGCAGUGCCACCAGCACUAGCAGGAACAGCAACAGCAGCAGCAGCAGCAGCAGCAGCAGCAGUCGCAGGCCCCUUCCGUCCAUCUACGUCCCAAUCCCUCCCUCGCACUCUUCCCUUCUCAAGCCAUCGCCCUUGUCUCGCAAGGCGCCCCCGUCCCCUGUUCCCUCCCCGUCGUUCCUCAACCCUUUCCGCGCUCUCCUCGCGCCGUUCUACCGCCUUUCGUCCGCGCGCGCGCACGUGAAGCUGACGCGGAACAACAUCGCGGAGCAGCUGCGCGAGUACCAGCGCAGGCGCCAGCACGACUGGGCUUCCGCCGCCUUCUAUGCCGCCACCGCGCCCUCCGCGCCCGUUUCCGCCGCUGCGCGCAGGAGAAGAUGCGCGCUGGCGGCGCUGCUGCUGGUGCUCGUGUUCGCGGUCUGCUCGUCCGUAUACCUCUCCGUGCAGGUGUGGCGCGGCAUGCGAUACGGGUGGGCGCCUCGCAGUGCUGACGCCAUGGGGGAAAUGGCGUGCUGGGCGUUGCUGCAUGCUCCCGGCAACAGUGGCGCAAGGGGAGGCGGAGGAGGAGUGGCAGCAGUAGCAGACUGUUGCCGUCAUGACAGAGUUUUCAUUCUCGCUGAGACCAUGGCUCGACUAUCAUGCGGAGAUUUUCUGAUCCUCCUUAUAGCGCUGUUGCUUCCUCCUCUUGGCGUGAUAAUCAAGUUCGGCUGCUCCUUUGAAUUCUGGCUUUGCCUUCUCCUUAGCUUUCUCGGAUACCUCCCUGGAGCCGUGUAUGCCUUUUACAUCAUCUAUGUUGCCAUCCAGGAAGAAGACGGAGUACAGAUUUACUAUGUGCGAGCAUGA